AAUUCUAAACCAUGCAAAAAAGAUACUUGUCUAGUUGAAAGUUUAAGAAUGAGAGUCCAAACUCAAUCCCACUUCUUGUGAUCACUAGUGAAUUCCAUGUGAAAAAAGAACAUGCAUGAUAAUUGAAGGUAAAAGCCACGAUCUUUGAAGCUCUCCAAAAAGAAAAAAAAAUUCAACAACUUGCGGCUUUUUUCCUUUUUAAUUUAUGGGUUCUCACGAAAUCAGUGUCAAAUCCAGGAUAUCCUGAUUUGAAACUUGAAAGUGAGCGAUAUGGCCGCGCAGAGAGAGAGAGAGAGAGAGAUGAGGAAGAGAUAACUACAGAUCUUAUACGCAACCAAUCCAAAGUCACCAUUUUCAAAUAAAUUCCAAUCUGUUCUCUUCCGAAUCCCUUUAAAUUUCAUCCCAAAUCCUUAAAACUCUAUUUACUCCCAAGCCGCUUUCAGGUUCAAGUCAUUUAUCCCUCUCUCUUCGACGCACCCACUUCGCUUCGCUUCCUCUCUCGCGACCCAGAAGGCCCAAUCUCCGCCGGAGCAUGGCGGAGAUAGCGGAGGAAUCGCCGGAGUCCGGCGAGUGCCCCAUCAAGCAGGUCGACAUCACGGUGCCCAAGACCGACGACCCCACCAUGCCGGUGGUCACAUUCCGAAUGUGGGUGUUGGGUAUUGCUUCCUGCGUCAUUCUUUCCUUCGUGAACCAGUUCUUCUGGUACAGAACUCAGCCAUUGAUAAUCUCUUCCAUCUCUGCUCAGAUCGCCGUGGUCCCAAUUGGGCAUUUGAUGGCGAAGACGAUCACCAAUCGAGUGUUCUUCAAGGGCUCUAAGUGGGAGUUUACACUCAACCCUGGUCCCUUCAACAUCAAAGAACAUGUUUUGAUCACCAUUUUUGCGAAUUCUGGUGCUGGAACUGUUUAUGCCACUCAUAUUUUGACUGCUGUUAAGUUGUUGUACAAGAGGUCUCUCACUUUUCUUCCUGCCUUGCUCGUCAUGCUCACUACCCAGAUUUUGGGAUUUGGCUGGGCAGGGCUUUUCCGGAAACAUCUGGUUGAACCCGCAGAAAUGUGGUGGCCGUCUAAUCUGGUUCAGGUCUCAUUGUUCAGGGCUCUACAUGAGAAAGAGAAGAGACCGAAAGGCAGCACAACCCGGACGCAGUUCUUUGUCAUAGUCUUCAUCUGCAGCUUCUGCUACUAUGUACUUCCUGGCUAUCUCUUUCUCAUGUUAACGUCUUUCUCGUGGGUUUGUUGGCUUGCUCCGAAAUCCAUAUUUGUGCAACAACUAGGAUCAGGCCUACAAGGCCUUGGAAUUGGCAGCUUGGGGAUAGACUGGUCUACGAUUUCAUCUUAUCUCGGGAGUCCGUUAGCUAGCCCCUUGUUUGCCACUGCCAAUGUCACUGUUGGAUUCAUCUUCGUCAUGUAUGUGAUGACGCCCCUCACUUAUUGGAAAAAUGUCUAUAAUGCCAAGAACUUCCCAAUAUUUUCCAACAACCUUUUCAUGUCAAACGGAUCAGAAUACAACAUCUUGAGCAUCAUCAAUUCUGAUUUUCAUCUGGAUGAGGCUUCUUAUGCGAAAAAUGGGCCCAUAAAUCUCAGCACCUUUUUCGCUAUGACUUAUGGUCUUGGAUUUGCAACGCUUUCUGCUACUGUUGUUCAUGUCAUACUCUUCAACGGAAAGGAUAUAUGGAAGCAAACAAAGAGGGCAUUUGGAUCGACUAAGAAGGUGGAUGUACACACGAGGCUUAUGCAGAAGUACAAGCAAGUACCCAUGUGGUGGUUUCUCCUCAUCCUAGUGUUGAACAUUGCUGCCAUUUUAUUUGCUUGCCAGUAUUACAACGACACGCUUCAAUUGCCUUGGUGGGGGGUCUUGCUUGCUUGUGGCAUUGCCCUUUUCUUCACCCUCCCAAUUGGUAUCAUCACUGCCACCACAAACCAGCAACCAGGUUUGAACAUCAUCACAGAAUACAUAAUUGGGUAUAUGUACCCCGAGCGCCCCGUUGCCAACAUGUGCUUCAAAGUUUUUGGGUACAUAAGCAUGACCCAGGCCCUAAGCUUUCUAGCAGACUUCAAGCUAGGCCACUACAUGAAGAUCCCGCCAAGAACAAUGUUCAUGGCACAGGUUUUAGGUUCUCUUAUAGCAGUAUUCAUAUACCAAAUAACUGCUUGGGAGCUGAUGGAAGUGAUCCCCAACCUUUGUGACACAUCCUUACUCCCACAUGACAGUCCAUGGACUUGCCCAAUGGACCGUGUGUUUUAUGAUGCCUCAGUCAUCUGGGGUUUGGUUGGGCCUCGCAGAAUCUUUGGAGACCUCGGUGCCUACUCAGGUGUCAACUGGUUUUUUGUGGGUGGAGCGAUUGCUCCUCUAAUGGUAUGGCUUGCACACAAAGCAUUCCCAAAGUGUGAAUGGAUUCGAUACAUCCACAUGCCUGUUCUUUUGGGUGCUACAUCAAUGAUGCCCCCAGCUACAGCAGUCAACUUCACCAGUUGGAUCAUUGUUGGGUUCCUAUCUGGAUAUGUAGUUUUCAGGUAUCGACCGAAAUGGUGGGAACGCUACAACUAUGUCCUUUCUGGUGGUCUCGAUGCGGGAACUGCAUUCAUGACGGUGUUGUUGUUCAUCACCCUGGGGUCCAGAAAUAUUGGCCUUAAUUGGUGGGGAAACAAUGUCGAAGGGUGCCCUCUGGGUUCUUGUCCAACUGCCAAAGGAGUCGCUGUGGAUGGCUGCCCUGCUUUUUAUUGAUUAGGUUCAACAACAUAUUUUCAAGUUGCUUUGGAACAUCUCUCUUCUUUAGUAAUUGUAAAUAGUUUUCUCGAUUGAUUGCUAUUUACUUAAUUAGUAUGCAUUAUAAAGUAAAAUCUUGAUAGAUUACUAGAUUAAUGUUCCCUUUAGUGUGAUUUAUAAAGUAAAGCCUCAUUUUUAGUGAAAA